CACAGCCAGCGGGAGCAGGGACGGGCGAGGGGCUUCUCCCCCCCGCUCCGUGGCAGUGUUUGUCCUGGCUGCAGGGGCACACGGAGACGUCUGCGGGAGCGCCGAGCCCGGGAGCAGAGCCCCAGGGCUGGCUGCAAUACUUGGCUCCACCUCGGAUCGAGGUGGAUGCUGCACCCUCUAGCAACCAAAGUUGAUAGCAACAUCGCUUGUGCUGUGCCUAGAGGGGAAAGUCACUGCCGCAGAGAUCCUGAGGCCCUGCGUUUGCUCUUCAGUCUCUGCUUGCCUGGUACCAUGCAAAGAACCUAGCCUGCGAGCACUGAGUCUCAUGCACAUGGAUUUUGGAAGUGUUGCAGAGAAGGAGAGUGUAAAUGCUCUGACAGGGCAUGCACAGCAUCUCGCUAACAAAAAUGUGCAGCUGCAGGAUAGGAAUGAGAGGUUGUACAUGGGGCUUGGAGACCUGCAGGAGAGGAUGGGGAUGCUGGCUGGCUCCAAAACAGAUUUAUCAGCCAGAAUGGUCUUCAGCGAAGAGGAAAAACUGAAGAUUUCCAAAGACCUCGUUGAUCUCCAGAUUGAGACAAACAAAUUGAAGGAGCAGUAUGAGACAGAGAACUUUGAACUGAAAAAUAUGAUCUUGUCCCUGGAGAACCGUGUGCUGGAGCUGGAGCUCCGCAGUGAGAAAGUCACCGGGGAGCGGGACGCCUUGCGGGACCGGCUGCGCACGCUGGAGACCAGCCGUAAGGAGCUGGCAGACGAGUACAUCAUUCUGAAGAGCAAUUACCUGGCCCUAGGCAAAGAGCUCGACCAGGAGAUACUCUUUAUCUUUUGGAAAUGUGUCACUUCGCACCAGUGCUGCUUUGAAUCUCGCUGCCUACACGGUGCUGUGGGCUGGCUGCUUCUGGAGGUCUUGAAGAAUGAAGAGCUCAGCCUAGAGCUGCUCAACCUGGCCAAUGCCAAGAGCACCCUUCCCGGCACAGGGAGCUACCACCACCUCUCCCACGCCGCAGCCGAUGAGCCCUCUGCAGAGCCGGGAAGAGUCCGAGCAGUGGUGCGCCGUGUCUCUGCUCAGAAGGUGAAGCCAGAAGAUGUACUUGUCUCUGAACACAAGCAGCAAACCCUGGAAAAAAAUUUGCUUGGAAACCAGGAUCACAUACAAGUGGAGAUUGAAAAUCUGAAGAAAACCUAUGAUUCGCAGCAGCAGAAGCUGGAAGAGCAAGUGAUCACCGUGGGGAAGGAGCUGCAGGAGGCGAAGCGAGCAAUUCGGGACACCCAGCGCAAACUGGCGGAGCAGUCAGCAGUGCUGCUCACCUCCCGGAGCCAGCUGCAAGAGGCAGAGGCGGAGAAUUCCCGGCUGCAGCUGCGUGUGAAGGAGCUCAACGAGCAGUACCGCUCCCGGCUCGCGCAGCACGUCAAGGACUUGGCGAACUACAUGGACAGCAAAUCUAGCGACCGGACAGAGCCCAGCAAAGCCCCAGCUCACAUGAAGCACUUUGUGGACAGCAUGCUGAAGGACAUCAGAGCUUCCUACAAGUCUCGGGAGGAGCAGCUAGCUGGAGCAGCACGCGCCUACAAGAAGCGCAUGAAAAACUUGGUCAAGAAGCACGAGAACCUGCUGAUUGCAUACAGCAUGCAGCGAGAGCAGAUCCGCUCCUUGGGCAGCAGCGAUAUGGAUUCCGGCCCCGCUGAGCUCCACUUUGCCAUCACAGACCCAGAGCUGCUGACAAACACAACCCAGGAGCUAAACCGGCUGCGGGAGAACAAAGCGAAACUGGAGCUGCAGCUACACGAAUUGCAGCAGAAAAGACUGAAAGAAGCCUCUGACCUUCAGCCGUCACCUGAGCAGAAGCUAGAUGAGGAGGGCUGGGCAGAGGUCAGGAAGCAGCUCCGGGAGUUCACACACAGCACCCAGGAGGAUUUGGAGAAGGAGAGAAGCCAGCUGCUGACUCGGGCAAUUGUGGCAGAAGAACAGGUGUCAGAGCUGCAGGAGUACGUAGAGAAGCAUCUUGCAAGGUACAGGCAGGAGAUCCUGCGGCUGAGGACGCUCGCUGGCAGCAAGGAACCCCGCACGCUCAGCGCGGGCGCGGCCGAUGCUCCCCUGCUGCCCGGAUCCAGAAGGACCCCCAGCCACGAGCUGUAGCUCUUCCCCACAGCUCCACAAAGCAGCACGAUUGUAGGAAAAAUAAAAAAAAA